ACAACUUACGACUGUGUUAUGAUUCAAUAAUAUGUAAGCCUUACCGUCUCCCUUUUGGAAGUAUUUUCCAGACCCAACUAAUAUAAUAUUCAACAGAAAGUUUCAAAAUCUGUAAUAAAGUCUACAUUGAGAUGUUUAUUUUUUCAAAACAAGACAGCCCCCAAAGCAAGAACAAGAAAUGAAACCAAUACAAUAGUAGUGUCAUAGCGUUUUUUUUUUGUCUGUCCUCUUGUUUCCGGUUCAGUUGAGAGUUCUAAUGGAUCAUGACAUAGAGAAGAGAGUGUCUGAUCAAAAACGACUGAACCAAUCAUCACUUUUCACCGCGUUUGCGUUCAGUUUCUUAACUUUGAUCGCGGCUACCACGUUGGUUCUAAUGUCUAACUUCUCGAUGCAACCGCAGAGAGAUUUCUCGGAGGUGAAGAGAGUGAUUCCACAACACUUACCUCUGAGCUCCGAGAACGAAAGUAAAAGCAAGCAAGAGAAGACACAUGUGGUAAAGAAGAAGAUUCGAGUUAUCGAGAUGUUCAGUGGAGAUGACUUAUCUGACAAGUUUCAAAGGAAGGCGAACGAGUUUAUGGGUGAUAUUGGAUGUGAAGUCAACUUCGUGAUGACGUGGAUAUCAUCAUCAGCUGAUCUGUUCGGAAAGAGAGAGGUGUUCGCUAUUGAAAGUGUGUUCAAGUCUCAUCCUCGUGGUUGCUUGAUGAUCCUAUCCGCAACCAUGGAUUCUCCUCAAGGUUACACAACCUUGAAGCCGUUUCUUGAUCGUGGUUACAGAGUUGUUGCAGUCACGCCGGAUCUGCCUUUUCUACUAAGAGGAACCGCGGGAGAAAGGUGGCUAGAAGAAAUAAGAAGCGGGAAAAGAGAUUCGGGAAAGAUAUCAUUAGCUCAGAAUCUGUCGAAUCUAAUGAGGCUUGCCUACUUGUACAAAUACGGAGGUGUGUACUUAGACACCGACAUGAUCCUUCUCAAAAGCUUCAAAGGGCUUAACAACACGAUUGGAGCUCAGACGUUUGAUCCUUCCUACACAAACUGGACGAGACUGAACAACGCGGUGCUAAUAUUCGACAAGAAGCAUCCUCUCUUGCUCAAAUUCAUCCAAGAAUUCGCUCGAACUUUCAAUGGAAACGUGUGGGGAUACAACGGACCCUACCUGGUUUCUCGAGUGGCUAAAGCAGUGGAAGGAUCAAAUGAGUACAACUUCACCGUCAUGCGACCUUCUGCGUUCUAUCCGUGGAUUGAGAUAGAGAAGUUCUUCAAGGUGCCAAAGACGGUAAAAGAGUCGAAAUGGGUCAAGGUCAAGCUUCUUCAGAUGCAGAGGAGAAGCUAUGGGUUGCAUCUUUGGAAUAAAUUUAGCAGAAAGUUUGAAAUCGAACAAGGGAGUGCCAUGUGGAGUUUAGUAUCAGACCACUCCUAGCAUAAUCUGUCCAAUUGGUUCAUCAUCGUAGUCAAUUGUUUCAGUCACACUGUUAAUAAACUUGCUGUAAUGUAAACAAAAGAUUCAAUAGGGCUUCUUCCAACACUAAAAAAUUCGAUGUUACCAA